ACCGCUAGAUCGCUCCCUUUCAAUUCUUCUCCCACUCCAGUACAAUUCUACCACCCCAAACACUCGCUCUGAGUCCAUUCGUUUAUAAAGAAUUCAUCUCAUUAUUCUUCUCUUGCGAAAGUCUUCUGACGACUUAUUUCGGUACCAUGGAUGAUCCCACGAACGCUGUCCCAACCGCAUCGCCUCCAUCUUUCACAUUGUGUCCACCGAACAAACUGCAUUUGGAAACUCAAUGGAUUGCGAUCGGUGUAAUCUAUUACAUGUGCGGCGUUGCACGUUUCUGGUUUCGUUGCGAAAGCAUCUGGCAGACAUGGAACGGAGAUUUUUCAGUUUUCCACCAAGCCAGUUCGCGUGUACGAAGCAGCUAGAUUACAUUGAUGGCGGUUUUCCUUGGACCUCUCUUCGUACUGACAUGGCCGGCGGAUAUCUGCCUGAGCGUCAUCAUUCACUACAUCGUGGGCGUAGUCCAAGCCUACUUUCCCAAAGUAGGUUUUGGAAGGAGUAUGUGGGAAGUUGUGAGGGGGACAGUUUUUCAUUCCGUUCUUCAUCGAGCAACACGCGAAAGGCUAGCACGGAGAGGGCGGUUACGGGCGAUCCGAGAUUUGAUAAUCCGCAGGUUAUGGAGUUGGGAUUGUUAACUCCCAGACAAGCAGUGGAACUGCUGUUGACUGAACUGGACCGCAAACCUACCAAAGGCUGUUCUAAAGUGGUAGAGACUGGAAGGACUAUGGGGUAAUACGGAAAGCGGUAAUCGGGAAUAUGUUUGGUUGGGUCUUUAAGUAACGAGCGUUGAACACGAGGAUUGCACAUGGUUUAGCAUAUGAUUUACCUGUCUCGAUCAAACGCCUGUUGUGGACAAAUGUCGACAUAUG